CAAUCGAUGGGGCCACAUUUCAGUAACAUCGAUAGUAUCGCAUAAACAUUGACGCAGUGGGCCAGCUCUAGCAAUUUGUCUGCAACUUCUAAUUCGCUGCGGGUAUUUUUUUUGUGUUUGUUGUUACAUAUAAUCCGAUCAAUUUCGAUCGCCCGCUUGGCAAAUCAGUGUCUUGCUGUUCCGAUUGGUGAGCUUUGGCCAAUUCUCGGCGAGCGUCAGUAAAUCGUUCGAUUUGGCUUUAAGUCCGCCCGUGCUUUUGCGUUUUCCUUGGCUCUUUUCUUCAUUUUUGUGGCCCGUUUUCGUUUUCCACUUGGAAUCGCGAGGGGAUGAAGGAAGGGGAGCAGGAGCGAAGACUCCCGACCGAGUGCAUCCCCCAUGUGUGUGCGUGUGCGUCUGUGAAUACGGUGGUGCUGCCAAUGCAAUUGUAACUGAGCGCGCUCAUAAAAAUCAAAAGUAUAUUUAGAUAUACAUGUAUAUAUAAUAAUCGGAUACGUUUUCUCAUUGCCCCCCCCCUGUCGGUGUGUGUGCGUGUGUAUUUAAAUCAGUAAUACAGUGUGUGUGACGAGCGCGCUGGGGUUUGUUGUUGAGUGCGAGUGAGCAAGAGAGAGGGAGCACGAGCGAGACAGCAGCCGGAGCAACAGAGAGGCAAACAGGAACUGCAACAAGAAAAACAAAAACAUUCUGUGGCAGCAGCAGCAGCGAUGACUUUCAGUCGCUGCACUGGCAAAGCGCUGCCGCGAAGUGUUUUGUGGUGUUUCCUCAUCCUCGUCUGCUAGGAUUAACUAUAUCACUGAGUGACUACGCACCGGCAAUUCCAGGAGAAAUCGCAGGCCAAGGAAAGCCUUGAAUUUGGCACCAUGCCGCGCUUUCGCAACGAGACACCGGAGCAGCCGCAGUACAGCGAUGGCGAAGUGGUCUGGGUAAAGAUCCACAACACCGAGAUCUGGUGGCCCGGCGAAGUGACCUCGUCGCAGGACUUUCGGUUCGUGAACACCACGCGCCCGCCGUACGCAGUUGUGGCGUUUUUCAACGAGAAAACCUUCGAGCAAGUGAGUUCCCCGAAGCUGAUUUACCCCUUCGAGUGCGAGCACAAGGAGGAGUUCAUCAAGCGCGGCAAAAAGAAAGCCGAAGGGAUCCACAUGUCCGACAAGUUCUCAGACGACGUGGCGAUCGCCGAAUCGCGUAGCGGUCGCGUCUAUCGCUCAUCGAUGUCAUCCCUAGAGGAGUUCUUAAAGGGACCCGCCCCUCGCCCGGAAAGCAUUAUCAAGGCCUGGUAUUCGAGCAACAGCAACAGCAGCGGCGUGCAGAGCAGCGUUGCGUGCAGCAGCGGAGUGCCUUCGGCAGCGGGUGGAGUAAGCAGCUUGGCAUCGCUCCAAGCCAAUGAUAAACCCGUAUUCCGACAGAAGGAGUCCACGUUCCACAUCAUGGACCUCGGGCGCUGCUCUGCACUUCCGCCCCGUGCCGAUGAAUUCGAGUGCACCAUGUGCGACUUUCACACCAAAAGCAUGAGCGUCCUGCUCAUCCACCGUCGCAAGCACAUGGAGUCGAGAAUCAGCUAUCGCACCUUCAGCAGCAACAGCACCACCUAUACGGACACCAGUCCGGCCACCAGAACGGACACCAGAACGGCCAGCAGAACAGCCAGCAGAACGGCCAGCAGAUCGGCCACCAGUCCGGCCACCAGUCCACAAAGAGCGUCACGUCGUGCCCACACCACCAUCGUUCACGAAGUGAACUCCCGAAAGAGCCGGAACAACCCCCCAGUGCGCUGCAGCUCGCGCCACGUGUCCAUUAUGAUUGACGUUCCGCUGACAAACGAGGAGCAUGAGAAGGUGAUGAGCAUCGUUGACCAAACGUUGGCCAGCAUCGAGCUCGUAGUGGGCUCCAAUGCUGGCAGCUCCGCGGGCUCCGCCGCUUCAGAGUCUGCCCCCACGCGAAAGAGCUCCUCCGCGUCGUCGCAGGCGCCCGCUGCGGUGAACACGCGACGCAGAACUGCGAGCACUCGAGAUCCGCGUAGCCAGCGCUCAAACAAACUGCGUGCCACCAUGCCCGCUCCACAGUCGCCGCCGGCAAAGCAGCGUCGUCUCACACGCUCCAUGAGCAGGCGUCUGCAAGGUGCCUCGCCAGUUGCCGUCUCUUCGGAGAUUCUGCCGCCACCCGUGCAGGUAAAUUCGCGUCGUAAUGCACGCAGACGCUGCACACUGGCUGCCACCACUAGUGCGCCAGUUACUCCGCCCAGACGGGGCCAUCCCUUACGGAAAACGAUGACGACAUCGCCAUCGAGCACCGUCUCGCCUCGAAGCGCAGGUCGGCGCAAGCAACCGUUCUCAAGGGCUAGAACGACCGUAACUGGUGAUGCGCAUAUUUCUACUGCGCUCUCUAGGACUAGAAUGACCGUAGCUGGUGAUGCGCAUAUUUCUCCUGCGCUCCUCACAUCGCCUUCAAUCAAUCGUGCGGCAGGUGACAAAAAUGAAUCGGAAAAACAGGUGGCAGAGCCCAAUCUGCCCAUCAGUCCAUCGCCAGAGCCAACGUCAUCAAUGGCUGACAUCGCACAGCCGAAUCAGAAUCUCCAGCAUAUGCAGAGCAGCAUUGACGCCUCCAAGCAGCUGCAGCUAAGUCUGAUGGCGGAGUGGGGUGACGACGAGACGGACGAGUCGAUGGAGGAGCCACCGCAGCCGGUUGAGAAGGAAACCAAAAUCGUGAAAUCACUGCCGGCGGCAGAGCAACAUGCGGAUGAGGAAGAACAGGAGCAGGAGAAGACUGACGGCGGUGCUGCCAAGAAGCGCAUACGCAACAUACCAAAGAAGGAUCGGCGCGACGUAGUCGUGCAGGAAUUCGACGUGCAGGACAGCCAGCAAGACCUCGAUGACCCGGAGGUUGACGAGCCGAUUUUAAUUCAGGAUAGCGAUGCCAGCUCCAACGGCAGCGUCGUAUUCGUGGAGGACGAGCCGAGGCAGCGCGGACGGGGAGUUUAUUCGCAAUCCAAUGGCAAUGUCAAUGUCAGUGAUAAGGCCGCCUCCUCGUCGAAGGUGGCCAGCAACAUCCCGUCCUGCUUUGACUUCGAGGAGGAGGAUGAUGUACAGCAGCAGGAGGGCCAGAAUGGUCUAAGCUAUAGGCGCGGAACAAAUACCAAUCGUCCUGAUGUCAACGGCAAAGGACCCGCUGAGGAGGACAUACUCGAGAGGAUUGAGGAGCAACCUGUCGAUGAUGACGAACUUGACGACAACGUCUCCUACGAUUAUGCCUUCAAGGGUUUUGAAGAUGUCCACAAACCGACAAUCGAGGAAGGCAAGCAGACUCUAGAGGAGGCACAGCGUGAGCCUGAUGUGGAGCCCGAGCCGUGGCAGCAGGUAGCAGCCUAUGCCGAGGAGCCUGAUGAAGCGAUUCCCGAGGACGACCCUGAGGGCGAGGCGGGAGAUCACAUGUUCCUGCCCAUCAAGGAGCCUCAAAAACGCAUCUUUAAGUCACGAAACAAAUCAACAAUGGCAUGUCCUCCUGACGAGGAUCUGCUACCAGCCUCCAUGACUUCCACGUUGCCAAGCGGCCACGAAGAUGAGCUGACUGCGCCCAUGUCUUAUAGUCCUCUCCAGGAGGCGAAUUGCGUCAGAACACCGCUUUCAAAUCACGAUACGGGCAGGGCCAUCAGCGCCAACAACAGCAACCCAUAUAGCAGCAAGGGAGUGCUGGGUGACAGCAUGACAAGGAAGCGCCGCAACAAAUCCAAGACUGAAUCGUCCCGUCGCCCGUCACAACGCUCCAGGCCAAUGACACGUCAGCAGACUCCCUCGCGCGAGCACGAGGAGCUGAGCAACCACAGCAGCAGCAGCAGCAGCGGAAGCAGCAGAAGCAGCAGCAGCAGUAGCAGCAGCAGCAGCAACACGAGCAGCUCAAGCUCUAGCUCGGACUCGCACGGCAUCGGAACACUGUCCUCGGAGCCGAGCUCCAGCAACAGCUGCUCCAUAGCCUCCAACAUUGCAGUGAUCUCGGCAGAAGAGGCGCAAGAGCUGCAGCGGUCCGCCUCGGGCGCCGGUCUCAUCCACGCCGCCAUCGUUGACGCCACGCAACCGGUGCAGCGUGGUGGCGUGCUUAUCCUAGAGGAUAUUAGGCUGCCGAACUUGUAUGAACCCUCUAGCCUGCAGUCAUCGGACAGCAAUGGCAGCCGCCGGACGAACUCACACCCGCCGGAUGAGGGCGACGAACAGUCGCAAGACCUGGCAGAUCAGCCGGGAACAAACGAUGAAGACCGGGAUGUGGAGCAUUUGAUUGAUGACGCAGAGCCAAUGGAGCAAGGGGCGGCAGAGGAUGACCAGGCGGCAGAGGAUGACCAGUCGGCAGAGGAUGACCAGCAGGAGAAGGAGCAGGAGCCGGACCAAAAGUCGGAGGGUAAGCCGGAGUCCGAGGCAGACAACGACUUGAACCGCUUGUCUCCGAUCCCCGAAGUCCGUUAUCAGCUGCAGCCUGGUGAGUUAAAGCUUAAUAAGCGCGAACAAGAGAUCUUGCGCCGGUACAAGGCCGUCGUGGCCAGUGGCCGUAGUGCAGAGAGGUUUCGCGAGGUCCGCGCGCGCUGGAAUCAAAUAAUGGCAUUCACAUCCUCAGGCAUCAAUGGCAACCGCCAGACGAACUCACACCCGCUGGAUGAGGGCGACGAACAGUCGCAAGACCUGGCAGAUCAGCCGGAAACAAAUGAUGAAGACCGGGAUGUGGAGCAUAUGAUUGAUGACGCAGCGCCAAUGGAGCAAGGGGUGGAAGAGGACGAGCAGGCGGCAGAGGAUGACCAGUCGGCAGAGGACGACCAGCAGGAGAAGGAACAGGAGCCGGACCAAAAGUCGGAGGGUAAGCCGGAGUCCGAGGCAGACAACGACUUGGACCGCUUGUCUCCGAUCCCCGAAGUCCACUACGAUCUGCAGGCUGGCGAGUUGCUGCUUAUUCAGCGCGAACAGGAGGAGGCCGUACUGCGCCAGUACGAGGCCGACGUGCCCGUGCCCAGUGGUCGUAGUGCAGAGAAGUGUCGCCAGGACCGCGCGCGCUUGAGCCGAACAAUGUCAUUCCCCGAAGAGUCAGAGUUGGAUGGCACGCUGCUGGCCGCGUCGUCAUCAGAGGAGCAAGAACGGGAUGGGGAACCGAACGAGACUGGGGUCGGCUCCGAAGACGUACAGUCCACAGCAAUGGCUGUGGAUGAAGAAGAAGCAUCUGACGACAGGGGGUUCCAGAUGUCAAUGGACAUGGACAUCGCACUGGAUGCCGUGGAGCUGGUAAUGCCGGUUUCAUUGCUGCAGACCUCCCGCCGUCCUGCCAGCUACCCGCAAGUCACUCCACUGGCGACCACCCAGUCGGCCAUUGGCUUAAAUCGGCCCACCAGGCAUUUAAGCUGCGCCCGAGCCCUGAGCGAUGAGGACAUGGCCAAGGCCCACCAGCAGCUGGUGGAUCUGCGCGAGCAGCAGCGCCUCUGCUUCACCCCGCCAUCGCCGCCCGCGGUCCUGACUCCUCCUGCAACACUGCUGCAGGCCAGUGGCCAGAGAAAGGAGCGUCGCCGCUCGAAGAACGCACCAGGUGACCACGCGGAGAGCGGCUCCCGCAGCGAUGGCGGCGAGGAAUCGUCAAGCGACGCCAAGGAUGGUCAGGAGAGUCCCGAGAACCCGCCACAACUGUGCGCUGGACGCAUCUGCGCGGUGAUGACUCGACCGAUCCCGGGCUACAGCCACACCUUCAUGCUGUGCGCGCUGAACAACAACAACUUUACGCCCCUGAACAACGUGGCGCUGUACCUGGACAACGAAAAGAACCACCUGGUGCCGGUGCCGCGGGAGAAACUGUUGGAGCCGCCGCGCCUUGCCGACGGCCAUCCGCUGUCCGCCGUCUUUGCGGACAUUGACUUUCUGGGCGAAGACGCGGUGGCCCAGGUGGUGGAGCCAUCGGAGGCGGAGGCUGAGGCGGAGAUGGUGAUGGAGAUGGAAAUGGAGACUGAGCAGGAACUCGUCCAGGAUCAAGUGUCGCCGCGCCAACUGUCGCCGCAAAUGUUGCUAAGCGAGGCCGAUAAUGAGUACAAUAACGAGAACGACGUUGAGGCUGUGGACGCGAUGGGCAUCAUGACACCACUCAGCCAGGUGGCCGAGGGAGGCGCCUUGGCGGUCGCCGGCAGCUACGUGAACGAGGAGGAGGAACUGUCUCUGCACGGGGAACAACUAAUUGGCCAAAUAAUGCAGCUGAACGUUAACGGGUUCCACUUGCAGCUGGAUACCUCGAUGCUAUUCAGCAUGGCAGAGCAGCCGGACACCUGCAUCGAGGUGAACGUCACGGAUUCGGGAUCCAGCACAUCUGCUGCCGGUGGCAGCAUGACAGCCAUGCUUAAUGCUCGCGACAUCCUACAUGCGGCAGAGGCAUACCUGCAGGAGCGCGAUCUGCGGCUGGUCAACGUGGAGAACAUGACGCUGGACGACGCGGAGGGCGAUGUGUCAACAGCCGAUCUGGCUGUGCCCCCCGGCCCUGAUCUGCUCUCCCAAGCGCUGGUCGGCAGCCAGGUCGUGGACGACUCGGAAUACGUGAACGCAGCCAACGCUGGCGUUGGCAUACUUCACAUCGAUACUCGCAACGGCCCUGGCCUACUGCAUAUGGGCAACGACGAGCCGGGCAGCGUGGUGUUCAUUUCGCAUCCCAUGCCUACGCAGAAUGUCCACCUCACGCCGCCGAUCACGGCGCGCACCAACGAGACGAACGCGCUGCUCGACCAGACGCCCAUCAUGUCCACGCUGGAGAGUCCCAGAGGCAUGCAGCUGCGCCGCGUUUCGCCGCUGGUCGAGGGCAACCUGGAGGACAGUCUGGCCGUGAUCGGCGUGACGAACGGCAGCGGCGUGCCCACCUCGCUGGAACUGCCCAUAACCGUGACCAAUCCGGCCAUCGCAUCCCGUAUGGGGGCGCCCGUCGCCGAAAUGCUGCAGUUCGCUCCUUUCCAGUAGGAGCGGCGGAUCAGCUCAGUCCAAGAACAUUUCAAUUCGCUUUAUUACUUUUUUUUUUUUUAUUACACCUAAGGAGUUUCAGUAAGAAUUUAGAAGAUGCAGCGUAUGCAUUUAAGUUUGAGCGGCUGGCACGGAAGCCCAAUGCCCCUAUUUGUUAGUUGAAUUGACACGAAAAUGGACUACGACGACGACAUUGCGCCACGGCCAAUGUAAAUAUAUUUGCUUAAUUAACCUAAGUUAGAUUCGUGAACUUCACCUAUCCCUUGCAUUGCAAAUGUACGGUAGCCAGUGGAGUUCCACUUGCAAGUAGGGAUGUAAUAACCAUAGCAUACACGCGAACAGAACGCAACAGACCAGGAUAAGCUCGAUCGCGAAUCGAUGCGCGGCACCAAAGCAACAACAUAAAACGACAACCAGAACAGAAUAUAAGUACGCUCCUGUGUGCGGGAAGGAAGCACACUUUCGCAAGAUGACCAUACCAUAGAAGACCAUACGCCAGUCCAGUCGCUAAGCUAAUGAAUGUGUAAAGAGAGCCGCGAGGCGGGCGGCGGGCUGGGCAGACCAAGCUGCCCAGCUGGGGCAGCUAUUUGAAUAAAUGCAACAUGUGCAACGGGCGCACCUUGGUGUUAUUGGACGGAGCCACUGCAGCAGCACACUCACUCAAGCUCAUGCCAGUGCCUCAUCGCGACGGCCUUUCAUACGUAGAGAUAUAGUAGUAGUAGUCGAUCGAUCAUCUGUACAGUUUUCAUUCUCAAGAACACGCAACAUAGGAAUUUAUGAAGGAGGGAUAUACAUAUUGAGGCAGGAAAUGUACGCAAAUGAGAAGAAAUUUUUGAUAACAGCUUUUUUUUUGUAAGAAACGACUAUCUAUACCUAAUGAAUGGAACGAAUUGUCAAAACGAUUUUACUUUUGUCAAAUACCCCAUUUUCGAUUAAGUCACAUAAGAAACAUCAACACUAACUUACUUUUGUCAACAAAUAAUCCAAAAGAAUGGAACAAACUGUCAAAACGAUUUCGCUUUUGUCAAAUACUUUUAAUUAAGACACAUCAGAAACAUCAACACUAUUUUACUUUUGUCAACCAAUAAUCCACAAGUGUUGAAUUAAGUAUUAACUAUAAUAUCCUACAAGAAUCGGAUCCUGAAUCCCGAAAGCCUGAAUAUGUAUACACUUCAUAUUUUUAUUUUUGUAAACCAAAAACUGCGAACCUUAUAAAUAUAUUUUGCAUUCCUUUUCGUUUUGGAAACUGCAAUUAAAACGCGA